CAUGUUUCUUCCAAUAGCCUAACAACCGAUGGCUAUCCGAGAUGCAACCACGCACGCUAACGGUUGGCAUUUGUUUAGCGACCAUGGAGUUGGAGGCAUAGUUGAAUCCAGGCAUGAUUUGAUUUGUCGCAUGAACUUGCCUAGAUCUAGCAAUAACGACAAGGUAGAGCAGCUAUUUUUGCCCACUUCAUUGCUCUUCUCCACGCCCUCUUUGGCCGACAAACACACGGACGCUGUCGGCUCGACUCCACAGUCGCCCGUGAUCCUUCAAAUUCCGGAGCUCGCGACCAUGUUGCUGUGUCGUCCGGGAAGGAGGCCCAUCGACAUUGCGCCGGCAAGGCGCUUGCACUUGAGCGGGUUUCGACUACAGAUCACGCCUGCUAAUCAGUGGUAUCGUGUGAAUCAUGCAUUAUCAAAGAAGUCGAGGAAAAAAGCCUCGGUUGCUGAUGAUCCUCUCGGCCGUGUUACUGCAAGUAGCUUGGGGUGUGAAGCAGGCGGAGCGACUCCGACUAGGCGGAUAAGCAGCUGUGGGCUUGAUGGGACUUUGUUACGAAAGGAUGCAACUCUUUUUGCUUAUUCCCAGCCAGCUGCUACUGCAGGAUUCUCUUCCUUGGACCUGGUGCAGAGCGGGUCCAGAGGACCUGUACUGGUGAAGGGUCUGCAUCUGCAUGUGGAGAGGGUGCGUCGAAUCACUAGCUCGCAGCGUAGUGGAUAUGCAGGAGUCGUAUCGGGCAUAGCCAACGUGUUGGGUCCUCUGGCCGGCCGUUGCCGUGUGACAGUUCAUCGGCUCGUGGACCCUGCAAUGCAAAUGGAAGGUUACAACGCCUAUCGCAGUCGUCCCUCUCUCAACCUCGACCUUGUUCGUCAGGCCAACCAACCAUAUGCACGGGGAUAUGUAUUGCUCCUCCGUUAUCACCUCGCCGUUCUGCUCAAGCACGCAGCGCACCAACAAGUUUGUGACCGCGACGACUCAUCACGUCACUCCCCCCAAGACCAAAUCCGCCUGUCCGUGUCUCUUGCCAGCCGCCCUGACGCGCUCCGUACCUCCCGUUCCGUCUCGUCAAGACUCCACCAUGGCCCAUGA